ACCGAAGGGUCUUGGUAAAUGGCACAUGCUUGGGUUGCAGGUUCAAUCUCUGUUCCCAGGUUUAGACCCAGUGUGCCUGCUGGGCUGUGCCCAGGUUCAGAGCCAUGCCAAUCGGUGGGUGAAGUGCUUGAGGCCCUGAUGGAACCGCUGCAGCAGCAGCCACCGCAGCAGCAGCCACCCAACCUAGCUCUUCUGGGAAUGGAUGCCAGAGAGAAGCAGGGACAGCAGAUAAGAGAAGACCAGUUCUUGUAUGCCCAGAAGCUGGUCACACAGACUCUUCUUUCUGCCACACCAGGGCGGCCUUCUGGCAGCCCUUCCCUGGGUCCCUUAGCCAGAGUUCCUCCGGCCACAGCAGUGACCCAAGUCUUUGAACGGAGCAACAUGAACUCAGAGCCUGAGGAAGAGGAGGGAGGCUUGGAAGAUGAGGAUGGGGAUGAUGACAUUGCAGAGGUGGCUGAGAAAGAGGCCCAGGCUGCUUCAAAAUAUUUUCAUGGGCAAAAACUGGCUCGCCAAGACCUCAGAGUGGCACCCAAAUCUGGUCUUCCAGCACCAGGGCUCCCACCACAUGGACAGCAAGCUCAAGAAGAUCAUAUUAAAGAUGCUGCCAAGGCCCCACCUUCAGUCUCUACUGCUGGGCGGCCAGGCUGGAAUCAGGAUGAGCAGCUCAAGCAGAAUGGUGGUUUGGUUUGGAGUGAUGAGGCAGAUGGAAGCCGAGGAAGAGAGAUCUCUCGAGAUUUUGCCAAGCUAUAUGAACUGGAUAGUGAUCCGGAAAGGAAAGAGUUCCUGGAUGACCUCUUCAUUUUUAUGCAGAAGAGGGGGACCCCCAUCAACCGAAUCCCUAUCAUGGCCAAGCAGAUCCUGGACCUGUAUAUGCUGUAUAAGCUGGUGACGGAAAAGGGGGGCCUGGUGGAGAUCAUCAACAAGAAGAUCUGGAGGGAGAUCACCAAAGGCCUGAACCUGCCCACGUCCAUCACCAGUGCUGCCUUCACCCUGAGGACCCAGUACAUGAAAUACCUCUAUGCUUACGAGUGUGAGAAGAAAGCCUUGAGCUCCCCAGCUGAGCUCCAGGCAGCCAUUGAUGGCAACCGGCGGGAGGGCCGGCGGCCCAGCUACAGCUCCUCCCUCUUUGGCUACUCACCCUCUGUGACUCCUGCUGCCACCAGAGCCCCUGCCCUUCUCUCCACACCCAAGGUCCGCUUCCCCAUCCUUGGGUUGGGCUCCAACAGUGGCACCAGUGCUAGCAACCCUCGGAUAUCCCCAGCAACUGCUCUCAGGAAAGGUGAUGGAGUCCCGGUGACAACAGUACCUGUGCCAAAUCGUCUGGCUGUGCCUGUGACCUUGGCAGGCCAGCAGGCCGGCACUCGCAUGGCCACAUUGGAGCAGCUGCGAGAACAGCUAGAGUCAGGAGAGCCCCCUGAGAAGAAGGCAUCCAAGCUGUCAGAGGAGGAGCAGCGCCUCGUGCAGCAGGCCUUCCAGCGCAACUUUUUCAGCAUGGCACGGCAGCUGCCCGUGAAGAUCCGGGUCAACGGCAGGGAAGACAGAUCAGAGGCCUCGGCUACAGCACUGAAUCUGACCACAGGUGGCAUCGGGAGCAUUAACAUGUCUGUGGACAUCGAUGGCACCACCUAUGCAGGUGUGCUGUUUGCCCAGAAGCCUGUGGUUCACCUCAUCGCAGGGUCUACUCCUCAGAGCACCAGCAGCAGCAGCAGCGGCAAUUCUCACUGCUCACCAAGUCCUACCUCAUCCCGGGGCACCCCCAGUGCAGAGCCCUCCACCAGCUGGUCUCUCUGAGGGGCAGGACCCAGCUUCCACUCCCCACUCUCCUGUCGAGAGUGAAGGAAGUUGAUGCACAAAAUUUACCUCAUCUCAUGGAUCCCACGUCAAAUACCAUUUGACCAGAUGUUGAGAGUUUGGACAUGUCCACCUAUCCAAGCUCCAUUCAGGUCCUGCUGUACUCUGGGGACAGGGAGAGGCUGGAGGGCAGGACAGGGCAGUGUUGUCCAAUCAGGGAUUGUCCUGGAGAAAUGGGUGGAGUCUGUGGGCAGCCAGCUUCCUGGGCAUUCCCAGGCCACCUCCCAUCCUGGGCACAGUGUACUGACAAUCUGUUAGCCGACACAGGGCAAGAGGCCCUCCAUAUCCCUUCCCCUUUAAUUUAUUUUCCUUCCCCUGCUUUCUGCCAUGACCCCAGGGUCACUGGUCUCUUCCCCUGCUCAGUGCCCCAAUCUAUAUAUAACCCUGUGGGUCUGCUAGGAGCCAAGAGCUUGC